AUGGCACGAAAGGCUGGUGGAUCAGCAGCUAUCAUGUCAGGCCAACCAGUGGUAGUGGUUAAAAAAAGAAGUGUAUUCUGGAGACUCCGUCACUUGACAAGACAAGGCGGUCUUCACGUUGGAUUGAUUCUUCUCUGUAUUCUGUAUGUUCAUGUUGGAGCAUUAUUCUUCAUGUAUUAUGAGAGUCCAGAAGAGGAAAGGAUCCAUCGGAAAAACACAAAAAAGUUUGCCAGUUUAAGGGAGAACUUUCUGAGCAGUGUGGAACGAGUGAAAUUAGAAGAUGCGUACGAUGAACGAAGAGUCAACGAAUCCGUGUCGCGAUUAAUAGAUGAGUAUUCGAAACACAUGUUUCAGCUUUUCAAAAAUCCAGUAGCCGCCAACAUGUUCGACUGCCUCUUCUAUGCAAAAUCAAACUACACACCUCUCUGGACAACUGACUCUUCUCUUCUCUUCACUGCAACAACUAUCAUUCCCGUCGGAUAUGGAUACAUUGCUCCGUUGACAUCAACUGGAAGAAUUGUUCUCUGUAUUUAUGCUGCCUUCGGAAUCCCUCUUGCUCUUGUCAUGAUGUCAGAUGUUGGCAAGUUUUUUGCGGAUGCCUUCGUCAAGUUCUUUCAUGAGAAUAUCACUGCAUUCAUGGUCGUUCUGAUAUUUCUUCUAGUAGCAUAUUCACUGAUUGGAGGGAUUGCCUAUUCGAAAGUAACCGGAGUCUCGAUGAUAGAAGGGAUUUAUUUCAGCACUAUAACAAUAUUCACAAUUGGGUACGGAGAUAUCAGUCCGGCAGUUCCUGUCUACGUUGUCAUAGUUUUCAUAGUUUUUGGAGUGGCUCUAGUAACUAUUGCAAUUGAUGUAGUGGCUGCCAAUAUCAUUCAUCACAUUCAUUAUAUGGGUCGACAAGUUGGAAAAGCAAGAAUUAUUGCAGACAAAAUGCUCAGUAUGGCCCAGAAGAUCAACAUCAAUCGUGGGUUAGGGCUCGGAAUGGCACAACUUGGUGCAUUUGCACGAAUGGGAAUGAUGAUAAAUGUGAGUGCAAUGGGAACGACUGGUGGAGGAGAUGCACAAGCAAAUGGAUCAGUUGGUGGAGAAGGUGGCAUAGAAAUGAGUAGAAAGUCCACGUGGAAAAGCAAAGAUGAUGAAGGAAAGACAAGAAAGAGUACUGCAUUUGAACCGGAUCUAGAUUUCGACAUGAUUGAUAACAGACAUGUGUCAGGUUCUUCACAAUACUUGUAUGGUUUCGGUUUUGACAACAACGCGUUCGGUUCGAUCGAUGCGCAAAGUGAUGAUGAUUCAGUGUUUAUGUGA